AUGCUUAUCCAGGCAUUGGAGACUCUGGGAGAGGCCAUGGCGUUCACAGAUGCCGCCCCAGAUGUAUCCUCAUGUCCCAAUUGCCAAUCAACCUCCUCGUCCUCGGCCACCCGAGGCCGCACUCCCACACAGCGUUCGCAUACCGCAGAUGUCGAGGCCGAAGCCGCAUACCACAACCAUAAUCACUCCUCCUUCUCCUCACAUUACCACCAUGACCAUGACUACGAAAACGACCGAAGAUUACCCGGCAUGGUCUAUGUCGUCACAGACACCUGCUACCCAUCCGCAUUAGACUUUGACAGGAACAUUGGCAUCACAUCAGUCAUAUCUGUCCACGGUUCGAAAUCAGCUGCCAAUGAGCGAGCGAAGAAGAUCAUUUACGAAAACGACGGAGGAUGUACGGUGGACAUUGACAAGAUCAUCGAGGAGGUGAAAAAGGGGCUAUACACGGGCAUUGGCGUGGGCGGCAAGGAAGAAAAGGAUGGAUGUUGUUUCGCAAGAAAGUGCGAGGUCGAGGCGAAAAUAGUCGAUGAAGACAGCGAAGACGAAGGGAGUGGAGAUUCCGUCAUGUAUGGUGGUGGCAGCGACCAGGAGAAUAAUAGCAACAACAACAACAGAAGUCGAGAGGCAAAUGGCAGAGACGGUGGCCAAGAGGGAGACAUUGACAUGAGCUGA